AUGCCUGUUGCCAGAAGUUGGGUGUGCCGAAAGACCUAUGUCACGCCACGACGUCCUUUUGAAAAAUCGCGGUUGGAUCAGGAGUUAAAGCUAAUUGGUGAAUAUGGUCUGCGUAACAAGCGUGAGGUGUGGCGGGUGAAGUUCACACUUGCAAAGAUCCGUAAGGCUGCCAGAGAGUUGCUUACUCUAGAUGAGAAAGAUCCCAAACGUUUGUUUGAAGGAAAUGCCCUGCUUAGGCGACUGGUACGUAUCGGUGUGUUGGAUGAGGGGAAGAUGAAGCUUGAUUACAUUCUGGGCUUAAAAAUUGAAGAUUUCUUGGAAAGGCGUCUUCAAACACAGGUUUUCAAGCUGGGUUUGGCAAAGUCUAUUCACCAUGCCCGUGUUCUCAUCAGACAGAGGCAUAUCCGUGUUCGCAAGCAAGUAGUGAACAUCCCAUCAUUCAUUGUGCGGCUGGAUUCUCAGAAGCAUAUUGACUUCUCCCUGCGUUCACCUUACGGUGGUGGACGUCCUGGCCGUGUGAAGAGAAAAAAUGCCAAGAAGGGACAGGGAGGUGCUGGAGGAGGAGAUGACGAGGAGGAAGAUUAA